CUAGACGGUGGUGCUACUGCCGCUGGGGGCGGUUCUUCCGCGCGGGGCGGCCCGACCUCGUCUCGGGCGGCAGCACCCUCUGCAGCCGCUCCAAGACACCCCGGGCGCCGCCAUCUUAGCCAGGACGGAAGCCGCGCGGGGACUUGUGGCGCGCGCGCAGCUCGUCAGACCCCGGAAGCUGGGCGCCGCACGGCGCGAGUCGGGGGCUCCUUCCUCGCGGCCGGCCCCACGAUGGCGCAGGAUCCGGGCCUACCCGCCCCCGCGUCUCCCGGAUCUCAGACCCUGCUGGAUGCUCUGCUCCAGAACCUCUACGAUUUUGGAGAGACAGAAGAUAAAGCAGAACAGAAAAGGGUCAGAAAGAAGAGAGAAAGUAAGAAGAGAGAUACAGGGACUCCAGCAGCCUCUGGGACAGAGCCAGCUCCCUUGCCUGAAGCUCUUGGAAGAGGCCAGAGGAAGAACGCUUCCACCUUCUUCAAGGAACUCAGAGAAGAGCUGCACGGGGCUCCUGCUGGGACCCCCAGUGACCUCCCUCCAGGACCUUUUGGCUCUGAUGCUGCAGAAUCCCCCUCCUCCCUGAAGAACAAGAGGGAGCCAGUGGAAGUGGUAGAAUUUCACAGCAGAAAUACAAAAAGAAAACAGAAGCCAGAUCAAGAUGAGCACGUAAAGACCAAAACUAGUAUCCUUGAGAAAGAUGUGAAUGUACAAGAAUUUAACUUGGAAAAGGCCCGUUUAGAAGUGCACCGAUUUGGGAUCACAGGUUAUGGAAAAGGAAAGGAAAGAGUCCUGGAGCAGGAACGUGCCAUUAUGCUGGGCGCUAAGCCUCCCAAAAAUAGUUACGUCAAUUAUAAGGUUUUACAAGAGCAAAUCAAGGAGAAAAAGGCAGCAAAGGAAGAAGAAAAGAGAAUGGCCCAGGAAACAGAUAUUUUCAAGAGAAAGAAGAGGAAAGGGCAGGAAGACAGGAAAUCCAAAAAGAAGAAAUCAGCUCCCAGUAUUUUGUCAAGUGGACGGAUUGGGCAGGUUGGAAAAUUCAAAAAUGGGACAUUGAUUUUGAGCCAAGUUGAUAUCAAGAAAAUAAAUUCUUCCAGAGUGGCCAAAUGAAAUAUUUUAUAAAGAGCAAAAUGGGAAAGUGCCACUGUCCUGGAACUGGACCCCAACAGGACUUCCAGAUUGUUCUUAUUUAUUUCAGAGUCUGCUUUUUUAUUAGGGGAAAACAGUCAAUUCAAAAUAAUAAUGUUUCUAGCUGUGGAAGUGUCUCUUUCCACGUUGGGCCAAUUGCAAGGUGAAGAUAAAGUAAAACUGAGAAGAGUAUUUAAGUAUUUGUUCUCCAGCAAGAUUCACUUGUAUUUCACCUUCACUGGUGUUUUAUGCAUUUGCUCAUAAACAUUUCAUAGUUCUACUCAUUUGUAGAACUGAGAAUGUGAUGUGUUGGUUGUUUGGGGAAAAGCAGUUUCAAUUUUCACCUUACCUAAAGUGUAUAAAAUCUACUUUGUAAGAAGUUGUGUAAAUAAAAUACAACUUUUGUGGUCUCUGUGAA